AGAACCAAAAAUAUACCUUAACAUUAUAUUAUCAAUCAUGAAGAAUUUAUGCCUGAUGAGAAUACUCAAGAAAUUGAGAAUUAUCAAUUUUAUAGUUCUAAUAUGUGCAUUUUUACAUGCUAGAUUGGCAUCAAGUGCUCAACAAUUUACAGCAAUGUACGUCUUUGGAGAUUCACUUGUUGAUAAUGGAAACAACAACUACUUGACCGCCCAAGCUAAAGCAAACUUCUACCCUUACGGGAUUGAUUUUUAUCAAGGCCCUACCGGAAGAUUCACCAACGGGAAAACCAUAAUCGACUUUCUCUCUGAAUCGCUAGGACUUCCCUAUUUACCACCUUUUGCAAAUCCCUUCUCUACUGAUAGAGACAUCAUGUAUGGUGUAAAUUACGCCUCAGCUGCCGGGGGAAUUCUUGAAGAAAGUGGACAAGCCUUGGGAGAAAGGUUUAGCUUCAGUCUACAGGCUCGGAAUUUCGGAAUUACCAAAAGACAGUUGCAGAAUCAUAUGAAUGAGACGGAGUUGCAACAAUACCUUACAAAGGCUUUGGCAGUGGUUAUACUAGGAAGCAAUGACUAUGUAAACAAUUACCUCAAUCCAACUUACCCAAGUCAAUCUAAAUUCAAGCCCGAAAAUUAUGCUGAUAUUGUCAUCAGCCAAUACACAAAACAAAUUCAGGUACGACAAAUUGUAAGAUAUCCAUCAUACACUCGGGUAGUGUCAUAA